AUGAGCUCCGAGGGCGUAUUACAGAUUACAAUACCAGAUUUUGAUGAUGGUGACUUCCAGUCCACCCCCAUACCCUUCGGCAGGUCUGGAGGACAUGGCUUUGGUGCAUUCGGAAAUGCAGGAUCAGGCCCAGAUUCACCAACUAUCAUGACUCCCAUUGCACUUCCAGAGCGUAGCGACCGAAGCUACUUUCAUAGUCGUGGCGAUUCUGCAGCGUCAGAGGAUUCUUUUAUUUCGCAACCUGUUCGUCAGACUGGCAAGAGCUCACACACGACUCAACCUUCCAUAACUGCAAGCUCUCCGUUCUCCAAGAAGCCAUCUUUUGCAUCCAUUAGAAACGCAUUCAAGAAGAACACCGAUGUACCACCAUUACCUCCACUAGACCACCAAGCAUACCCUAUUCUCAAAAACCCCUUCAAACCGCUCGACUUCACGUUCAAUGCUACAAGUCCGCCUCAUCCUCGGCCUCCGACACCUGGAUCUAGCGAACCACGUCCCCGUGCUCCCUCAAGGGCAAGAGGGCAUUCCACUGCAAGAUCUCAUCAUUCUCAAUCCGGGUCUAUAUUUCACAAUUCGGACACAGGGAGCGAUCAUGGCCAUGGAUUCCCUUACUCAUCCUCUCCUCCUCCCGUUCCCCGUGUGCCCGAUGCAUUUGGUGCUCAGGUAUUUAGUAGUGAUGGGCCCUCAAUAAUGGAGGAAGAUGACCAAGUGCCAUCGGGUCUUAAGAUGCCAUCUGAUUAUGCUCUGCAUGCCGUUUUCAUUCGGUUUGCUACUCUUGCAGAGGCGAAGAUGGACGUGUUCCUUCGCGAAACACUGGAUCACGAACCCUUAUUGUCGGACUUCAUGGGUCCCUCUCUGGAUCCAAAGUUUGAUGACCUGAUGGGCUCUUUGGGAAAGAUUGCUCAAAAACAUCCAAAACCCGUCAUAGACUCCAUUAGGCGCUGGAGACGCAGUCACAAUGAAAAUGUCAGUGCCGACAUACUUAAGUAUCACGCCAGUCAAUCGCCUUUAUGGACACGUGGUGCGAGAGUUCAAGAACCGUCUACCUCGCUGAAUGAACGAAAUUCGCUGGCGUUGAUAUAUAUCAUGUGUCGCGCUUUAAUUGCGGUUUUGUCCGUUUUGUCCAAAGACGCACUAGGUGAUGCGCUAGGAUUUACCUUGGAGGAAACAACGUUUGAGCAGUUCAAGAGACCGGAUCUGAAGCUCCUUGCCCAGUCAGCUAAUCAUCGGCUCAAUGCUGAACUGUAUGCCACGCUGCUCGGACACUUGGCAAACGUUCGCUUCGUUAGUGUCACGGAUCGUUUUCUUGGCGAGCUCGAGCCUGUGGCCAAUGGUCAGGUGGCGAAGGAUCUCGAUACGAAGUACGAGCAUCUAGUGAAGGGGCUCCGUCAUGUUCAGCUGAGAGUAUGGCCCCCAGAGGCAUUUGAGGAAGGAGCCGAGUUUUUAGAGUUAAUAGCCAAGUCCUUUGCGAAUGCGCAUGGUCUUCGGUUCAAGAUCGCUUUUGCUGAUACGUUGACUCGUCUAUUGCAUCCCAUCGGAAAGACGGCGCAGGCCGAAGUCAAUCAUCCACAAUGGGAAAAGGCGAUCGAAAGAAUCUAUCCCCGAGCUAAGGAGAUGAUGAGUAAGCCGCGGUAUUGGCAUAUUGCUUACCCGUUGGCUGUCACCAGCCUUUGCGUUGCACCUCAUCAAUACUUCCUCCGUAACUGGACGUCUUGCUUUGAGUAUGGAUUGUCGAAGAUGAAGGAGAAGCCUCAUCGGAUUCCUGUCUUGAACGGGAUCGUCCGAUUAAUCUGGACAUACCUGUACCGAUGCCAAGAGCCGUUAGCGACGAGUACUGCCAAGUUGGACUCCCUCCUCAAACAUAUAUUCCCUGCUGGACGGUCAUCAAUUUUCCAUCAUGAGGAACACCUUGAACCCUUCAUCUGUAUCGUGCAUUUUAUUCUGUCGCGUUAUUUCGACUAUGGGUUGGGACUCUGCAUGGAUUUACUCCAGGAAGCUGUCGUGAAUUCCGCGUCCACGAGUAAUCUCAUGGGUAUAUUGGCUCCUGAGCGCGUUGCUGUAUCAUCCCAAGCUAUCCUUUUGACCUUGAACGCCUUCGAACGUGAGGAACCAGCUCCUACGUGGCCGUCUAGUGUCGACUUCACUGCUGUCCCAUCUUGGGAUGAUUAUCCUUCAUCUUCCGACGCUCUUCCGGCUGUAGUGGUAUCCAGGCAUGGUGUUCAAGAGCUGCUUGACAGGUAUGGCGCUGUCAUCACCGCGAUCGCGCGGUCAGCCAGCCAGUCUGUGGGUCAAAUGUCUAUCUUUGACGAACAGUGGUCGCUGUCGCGGUUUAACUCUGUCCAUGAAGAGUCUCACAAUAUUGUCAUCUGUCGUCGUCCUGAAGGAUCCUUUGCCUACCCCAACCAUCUCGUGUCCCAGAUAUCUAUGCUGCAGACAUGUUUGCAAUCGUGGCCGCGCUGUUUACACGCCUCUUUGCCACUCACGGAGGCUAUCAAUAUGCUCAUCCGCGGUCUUAUCCAUGUUGAGCCUCGGAUCGGAGAAGCGGCAGCAGCGGCGUUGAGGCGCUUUAUGGCUGAUGGGCGGUAUGCGCCUGCAGUUUUGUGCCACUUCACGACCUUCCUAUUUGAUCCUGCCUAUGUUGGGCGGGAGGGAACCGGUGCACGGCUUGUCCUUGAGAGUAGUCGGCUUCUGAACUUCUGGAUCAGUCUGGUGGAAGGUUGGGUCAAAAGUAUUCUUCAGAAACCCAAGGCGGACAUCACAGCUGGUGAAAAGGAGGCCAUUGCCCUUCAAGGGGAUGGGAUUACCGCGGGUGCACUGUUUCUGUUGUCGCACGAAGCUUCCACCGUCCGUUGUGCAGGGGUCAAGCUCAUCCGCAUACUCGCACCGUUCGUUGCUCAUGUAGACGCGGACGAGGGUGCUCAUGCGGGUUCCUCGAUGCUUCUGAACGAACUCCUUGAUUGUGAUGCUCGCGAGAACCCCCAUUUCCAGGGCUUUGACGAGUUAUUAGACAGCUCGGAGUUGGAUCGUCUGCAACAGUGGAGGCGGGCUGGGCGAAAGGAUGUAUUGCUGAGGAUCGCCGAUAGCAACUAUGACAAGGACAAGAAAAUAUGGCGAUGUGUGUUCCCUAACUUCAUGCAAGCCUCGUUCCAGCAAUUGUUGAAAGUUGCGGCGGACUGCCGCGCAAUGAUUGAGGCUGCAGCAUCUCGCUACCAUCCUUCGAUGUUGCACCUUGCUGGUCUCUCGACUCUCAGCGGACGAUUGCCGGCCGGCUCCUCUCGUGCGCCAGGCUCUGUCGAUAAAGACGGGUACAAGCAAGUCAAAGACAACAUGAACCUAAUUGAUCAAUGGUAUCUGUGGAUCAAAAUCCUGUGUGCUACGGCCACUGUAUCUGAUAGCCGUGGUGGUGCUCCCGUCCAAGCUAGUCGAGAACAUUCACGAGCCCCUUCGGACGAGCGCGAUCGGAUGACAACCACACGCUCCCUCUUCAGGUAUCUGACACCAUUCUUAGAUGUGGAAUACGCCCCAUUUCGUGAUGCUGCUGUACUCAGCAUCAGCUCUUUCCCUUCCAGUGGGUUCUCGUCGCUUUUGGAGGAUUUGAAUCACUUUGCUUUCCGUCAAUUCUAUGAUGACGCCCGGUCGAAAUCUGGAUCUUCAGGGUCGAUUGGACGAUCACGACGUCAAGCUCGUCUACACUCGGCCGUUGCUCGUAUCUACUUCCUCACUGCUCCUCAGCUACAGCAUCAAAGAUCUUCCGCAAAGCAAGAUGCAAUAUCAUGUGCCCUCAAAUUCAUCCGGAAUAUGCAAACCUUCCUCGUUACUGCAGAGAAUCGUGACAACUACGCACUCCAGCGCCUGCGCCGCUAUUUCUGCGGUUUGGUCGAACGGUUCUUCGAUAGUCUGGCGAACCUCGCUGACUCGGAGCGAUUCGUUUCACCCUAUACAUAUACAACUCUUUACAGGCUGUGUGAAGAAUGGUGCCAGUAUGGUGUUCAGUCCGAAUCAGCAAAGCAGCGACACAUCCUCAUGCAAAGAGCUGCGGCUGCGGCUGUGAAUGACCCACAAGCCGAGUCAGACUCUGCCGAACGGUUUCAGCACGAGACUAAACUGCUUUCUAACGCAGCUUUGGGUGCCCUCGCUGCCCUUUGCCAAAGGGCAUAUUAUCCUUCUGAAAUUAAAGGUUCAUCAUCACCCACGGAUCGCCCUCAGGACCCUCCGAAACCUCUGGAAGCUGUUCAAAUCUUGGACCGCCUUCAUCAUGUCUUUCAAUCUUCUUACCCUCAGGUCGUAGCAUGUGGAAGAAAAGCUCUUCGUUCCCUUAUUUCCUCCGGAAAAGUGGAUAAAACGUUGCUAGGCGAAGUCCUCCGACGCUCAUUUAUCGAUUCGAAUGAUUCGUCGUCCAGCAGCUCUACCUUUUUCGAGGUUCUGUCCGAGGUCGCGUGCGACGUGGAUGUCGGCUCAUACACUUUCGCCCAAAUCAUAUGCUUGGGUUUGACCAACCUCUGUCACGCCAAUUCUGGAAUUAGACGAAAGUCUCUUAUGCUCCUCGAGGCCAUGCAUGAGCAUUCCUCUGGUGUCCUGUCUUUUGGUGAAUUUGAGGCUAUGAUUGCCAAUCCUUCAAGUAGUGUGUAUUUGCAUGCACAUCGACUAGUCACCGAACGUCUCUCCGGCGAGCAUCCCAAUCACGCUAAUGAUGUGAUUACGGAAAUGACUACCUUACUGAUGCGCAUGCCUCGUGGCGGAAAUGAGAGGGUUGCCCUUCUACUAUUGCAGAGCCUCGAGUCUUGGGUCCCAAACAUACAACUCACACUUGAUCCUGACAACGAAGCGCGUUUACAUCCAUCCCCAGCCAGCAGUCGUAUCUUGUAUCAUCUCCUCACCCUCACAAAGCGAUACAACGAGAGUCAUUUCGAGCAAGUUGCCGCAAUAUGGACGCGGUUCGCAGACUACCCCAACGAGACCUACGGAGCGGCUACCGUAACUUUCCUCAUCAAUCAAGCUCUCAAGGUAGCCACCUCCGCAUUCGUUGAUUGCGCCUCCACCGUCGUAGCAUGUCUUUCGCGUUCUGCUGCUGCACUGCAAGUUUACGAGCUUCUCUGCUACUACUGCGAGCCGGAACGCAUGGUCCCUUCCCUUGAUCACCAGCUGAAGGAGCCUCCCGGCGCAGAAGACUUCGAGCUGUGGUCUGACUUGAAUGCUCAGUUUGCGGAAGAGCAGCCAAAGAUACUACUAGGACCGGCGCAGUACGCGUUGAUCUUACUGGGGUCUGCUGCAAUGGAAGGACAGUGGACGCAUGUCACUUCCAUACCGGUCAUUCUGCAGGCGAUCUUUCCCAAUCUUGACCACCGUGUCCCUCUUAUGAGGAUCAGGGCGCGUGGGAUGCUCUUCCAGCUCUUGCGUGUUUGUGUUCCAGGCCUCGUACAGUCCAAUUGCUCUGCAUUAGUAGCGCAAAUUAGCGCUUUGGAGGACCAGGGAGAUUCAAUAUUUUGGAAGGACGAUGAUGCCAGCGAUAUCGUGGAAACUCGAAUGAGCGCUCUGUUCUCACAGGUGUUUCCCAUGCUCCAGCCCCUUGUUCCAGCCUUGGAACAGACUGUAGGCAGUCUGGCGCUAGCGUAUGUGGAGCUGUGCAACAUGCGGAGUCUCGCGCUUCGUUCUUUACAGGUGCUCCGCGUGUUGAAACUGCCUUUGAGUCAUGCCGCGCUGGAUCAGUUGCUGAGCCGUUUAUCUGUUUCCAUAGCGGAUGUGGAUCCAGAAAGACAGGCUUUUUCGGCGGAAGUCAUUCGCACCAUCACCUAUAUGGUUACACUGGAUGAGCUCGACGGCACACUGCUUCCUCGUCUUUUUUGGACAACGUAUGCAGUGCUGACAACUAGCGCAGAAACCGAGUACACGCAAGCCAUCAAACUGUUGGCUGCAUUCCUCGAUCGGAUUGACUUGGACGUCCCCCACAUUGCAGACCUCAUCCUUGCCCAGCGCCCUCGGGAUUGGAACGGGUCCAUCGGAUUGCAGCAAGCCCUUUUGAGCGGGUUGCGUUCUGCAACGACUCUAGAUGACACGUUCAUGGUUCUUAGGAGACUGGCCAAGCUAAAGUGCGCCAAAUUGUUCGACUCUCCCCAAAACUGGCUCCGAGACCUCUUUACUUUGUCCCUACCAUGGUGCAUGAACGCCAUGUGUAAUGACCAGCAUGAUGAAGCUCUAAACGACUUCUGUUCUUCGAUCGCGGACUUGGCUGAUGAAGAUGGUCUGGAGAGCAUCAAUCGGAUCAUGGUUUCCUUCGUGAAGCGUCGGUUCAGAACCAAAGAUGAUUUCCUUCGUCAGUCCAUUGGCAGUCUACGUGACCACUACCCGCCCGAUGACUGGAGCGAUAUUGCUACUCUGUUGUUGAGCCUGGUGCUCAACAAGGAGAGAUGGCUUCAGAUAUAUUCAAUGCACGUGCUGAAAGUCCUAUUUCAGCAACGUGCUUUGCAGUCGUUGGGCACAGAGCAUCUAAUGCCCUUAUUGCGGCUGGUGGAAGGAGAUUUGGCAACGCAAGCUCUUGAUGUGUUGGAGGAGCCGACGAAGAUCACUGGAGGACUCACAGCUAAACAGGUCCUUCGCAUGAGCAUGCACGUCUCAGCACUUGCUGGCGCGGAUGAGACAGACAUCUUUGGUGUUCCGGAAGACUCUGGCUGGUGCAUCGCACGUGUGCAACACCGACAAGCCCAAUGUCGCGCCAACGUCCUUGCGGUCGCACUUAUGUUCACGACAUCAUCACGUAUAUCUACCGUUCACUUCCAACCAGAGGUACAAGAACCCCUUUUCGAGGAUGAGCUUGAUGAAGACUUGGGAGUCCUGGUUCAGGACCUACACGAGCUAAGCGAGUUCUUCCAGAAGACCAAGCCUCAGACGCGACUCCUACCAAGUCAGCAGCUGGAGGACAGAGUCGCUUCCAUCCUGGCUAGGUCUACGGACGACUCCGACGACCUUCCUCAGACUCCAUUCGGAGACGUGUUCCAGAUCGGUGGAUCACGCGACCUUUCAGACGACUCCAGUGACGAGUCUGAUACUGAGUCCGAGGUUGACGCAUUCAAGUAUGACUCUCCAUCCUUUUACCGUACCGCUCCCAAUGGCAAGGGACUGUAUUAA